AGAACUUAAAGAGCUUGUAGCGCAAAGGCCAGGCUUCUGGGAGAGGAGACAAAGAGGAACAAAGCAUAUGAUUGUGCAUUACCACUCACAUACUUUGUCGUAUAGCUUUUCCUCUAAAACGGUCAUUAAGAGCAUCUCUUCUCUUUCCAGGACAAAGAGAGCAUUCAGAGGAGGACGGCGGUCGGUUUCAGCUCUGGGCUCAGGCUUUGAUGCAGGUCACCUGAUCAGUUUUACUUGAGCAGAUCCUGAUUCACCUUCAACACUAUUAGAAAAACACCUUGCUGAUGACAGUUCGAUUGGACACGGGUUGCCCCUGCUGUGGCAGGCAUCUCAUCUCGUGAUUCUUCGUUUUCUCAACCAUUUGAGGAUUAUAUGCUCUAAAUAUUCUGUUUUUGUCCUGAAAGCUCAUUUGAACUCUCAUUACUUGGCCAUCACCUGCCAGUACUGGGAUUGGGGCAGAAGAUCCCAAGAUGAGUGUCAAAAAAGAAGACGUGGAGAAGUUCCUGGAUGGAAAUCCAGAUUUUGCCAGGAGCUAUUUUGACAAAAAGCUCAAACCUGGUGCUGUGGCCUCGAUCGUGCGAAUACCCGAGUCUAAAGUGGAUAUGAACAGUUUUAAGGACAUAUGCUCGGUAGAGGAAGGAGCGAUAUUCUACGAUCUCAUUACAGACAUGCAAGAGAACGUCAAUAUGGAGAAGGUGAUUUUUAAGAUUCUGAAGCGGGUCAGUGCUCUGAUUCAUGCCGACCGAUGUAGCUUGUUCAUGUAUCGACAGCGGAACGGUAUCGCUGAGCUGGCUACUCGUCUCUUCAACGUUAAUGAAAAUUCUGAGCUUGAUGACUGUGUGGUGCCUCCAGACUCUGAGAUCGUCUUCCCUCUGGACAUCGGUAUAGUAGGACAUGUGGCUCAAACCAAGAAGCCCAUCAAUGUGAAGGAUGUUACACAGGUACAAAAGAAAACAUUGCAUCUGUACACAGAUCAGACAAACUGUAAAACUUUAGAUCGGUCGUGGGCCCUUAGUGGAUUACCUACAUAUGUUGCAGAGAGUGGAUUUAUUUGCAACAUCAUGAAUGCAGCAGCAGAUGAAAUGUUCAACUUUCAGACGGAAGCUCUGGAUGACAGUGGAUGGACCAUCAAGAAUGUGCUGUCCCUGCCAAUUGUCAACAAAAAAGAAGAAAUUGUUGGCGUUGCAACUUUCUACAACAGGAAGGACGGCAAACCAUUUGAUGACCAUGAUGAACAACUCAUGGAGGCUUUGACACAGUUUCUGGGCUGGUCAGUCCUCAACACAGACACCUAUGACAAAAUGAAUAAGCUGGAGAACAGGAAGGACAUUGCCCAGGACAUGGUGCUGUACCAUGUCAAAUGUCGAGAUGAUGAGAUUCAAAACAUCCUUAAAACAAGAGAAUAUUUUGACAGAGAACCAAGAGACUGUGAGGAGGACGAGCUUUUGGAAAUUCUGAAAAAAGAGCUGCCAGGUCCAAAAAAGUUUGAGAUCUACGCAUUCCAUUUUUCAGACUUUGACUGCACCGAACUGGAACUUGUAAUGUGUGGGAUUCAGAUGUACUAUGAAGUUGGAGUGGUUAAAAAGUUUCAGGUCCCUCAGGAGGUUUUGGUAAGAUUCAUGUACUCAGUGAGCAAAGGCUACAGGAAAAUCACCUACCACAACUGGCGCCAUGGCUUCAAUGUUGGGCAAACCAUGUUCACUUUACUCACGACAGGCAAACUGAAGCAGUAUUACACAGAUUUGGAGGUGAUGGCCAUGAUCACUGCAGGCUUCCUGCAUGAUAUCGACCACAGAGGCACAAAUAAUCUCUACCAAGUGAAGUCCCAAAAUCCUCUAGCCAAGCUACAUGGAUCCUCCAUUCUAGAGAGGCAUCACUUGGACUUUGGCAAAUUCUUGUUAGGCGACGAGACAUUAAACAUCUUCCAGAACCUCAACAGAAGACAAACGGAGCAUGUCUUCCACCUCAUUGACAUUGCCAUUAUUGCAACUGAUCUUGCAUUGUACUUCAAAAAGAGAACAAUGUUCCAGAAAAUUGUGGAUCUCUCUGAGACAUAUGAAGAUCAGAAGAAAUGGGUGGACUUCAUGUCUCUUGAAACAACAAGGAAAGAAAUUGUAAUGGCCAUGAUGAUGACAGCAUGUGACCUCUCAGCUAUCGCAAAACCAUGGGAGGUACAGAGCAAGGUCGCCCUCUCUGUAGCAGCUGAAUUCUGGGAGCAGGGUGAUCUUGAGAGGACUGUUCUUGAGCAACAACCUAUCCCCAUGAUGGACAGGAACAAAGCCGCAGAGCUGCCAAAGCUUCAGUGUGGUUUUAUCGAUUUUGUCUGUACUUUUGUCUACAAGGAAUUCUCUCGUUUUCACCACGAGAUCCAGCCCAUGCAUGAUGGCAUUCUGAACAACCGGAUGCAUUGGAAAGAGAGGCAGGAGGAAUAUGAGGCAAAACUAAAGGCAAUGGAGGAGGCAGCUAAGGCCAGACAGGAAGCAGCUACCAAAAAUGCUGCAAAUUCCAACAGCACCAGUGGAUCAGGAUCAGGAUCCAAGACCUGCUCUAUCUGCUAGAGAAAAGACGACGUUACAGAGGGCAAGGCAGUUUGAGAUAUAGUACAUCACACAGAUCAACAUCACCCUUAGGAUCCCCAAGGAUCUGAUCAAGAGUGAGUGGGAAAACACUGUCAAUGCAUUAUAUGCUACCAGCAGGCCACAAGACCACCUGCUAACCAAAACACACAUUGGAUCUUGCCUACUACAGUUAGCAUUACUGUUCCAUUGUGUUUCCUUUGGGUCACAGUGUUCAAGCAUUUUUAUAGGAUGGUACUCGGUUUCAGUUAAUCACAAUGCAGACUUAGAUGCACUACAGGAAAAUUCAGAGGUGAAUAUUGAAAAUAUGGUUCUUAUUUAAAAAAAAA